AUGGCGAAACUCUCUGUGGUCGGAGGUGUAGUUAUCUUAGUCUUGUUAAAAGGAUUGCAAACUAUACUAGCAAAUUGCGCAGAUCCCAAUUACUGCAGUUACAGAGGGAAAUGCUUGAUUUUGAACGGGUCAGCUUUCUGCCAUUGCUGGAGUGGUUAUGCUGGAAAUCAUUGUGAACGUCGUUUAGAUUUUCGAACGUCUUUUGAGGAUAUUAUGCCUUUGGCAAGUGGAAUUUUUAAUCCUCUGAACGAGGUGUCAACUCUUACUUUACGAGUAUUUGAGUUUUAUCUGCAAACUACAACUGCAAGGGAAAGAAUCAUUGUUCUAACGGUGGCGUAUGUUAUGCGGGUCACUGUUUAUGUGCAGAUGGUAAAUGGUGCUGAUGCUGACACGAGCAUUACAGGUUUCGGGGGUUCAAGGUGUGAGAAGAAGGUUCCUCCGUAUGACGCGUAUUUGAGAUCGGGUUGUGGUGAACAUCCGGAAUUUUGCGCUCACCGUUUUGCUAAUGGGAGAUGUGAAAAAGAGUGCAACGAUGUACAUUGUUUUUAUGACGGUUUUGAUUGCUUUACUCGGACUGCGGUUUGUCGUGAAGAAUGCGCUUUUUUGUAUGGUGACGGAAAGUGUGAUGUCCAGUGUUCAGCAAGUCAGUGCGGUUUCGAUGGCGGCGACUGCAUCACUAUUUUAGAAGAUGCACAAGAACCAAUUGUGAUGGAAGUCAUGACUUAUCCAAUGGAACUAUGCGUAAAACUUCGGCUAAUUAGUGCUGAGUUAGCGCAGUAUUACGAUAUUCGUCGAAUGGCAGUUACUUUAGACAAUAUAUGCUCCUGUGAAGUUGAAAAUGAGUUCAGUCGUUCCCGCGGAGUCGAAAACUAA